AUGCGGUUUGAAAUCGACCCCGACAUCGUCCCCAACUUGAAACUGGGCCUCCACUCAUUCCAGAUCAUCAUAUCUCUGGUCGCAUGGUGUCUGCAGAUUGGUGUUUUCAAUGCAAAGGAUGCAGAGGUCAACGGAAGGAAUGGCUGGGCAUUCGCAGUGUGUUUCCUUUCUGUCCCAGCCUGGAUCUUCCUCAUCAUGACUCCCCGAUGGGGUCGCACUCGUCGCUUCGCUCAACCGCAUGCCAUGCUUGCUGUUGACGCUGCUUUCACAAUCAUAUGGCUAUCUGCCUUCGCUUGCCAGGCUGCCUACAAUGCCGCUGGUGAUUGCGGGAAGGCCUGCGGCAUCAGCAAGGGUGUUGUCGGCUGUGGUGUUCUGGUAACCCUCCUUUUUGCUGGUACAACUUUUGUUUCCGCAUUUACCCUCAACUACUACAACAACCACAACAUCCUGCCUGGUUACGACAACCGCCAGAUGGGCAGCGACAACAUCGACCCUGACAAGGCUGCUUUCUCCAUGGCCCCUCACGGCGAUGAGGCUUACGAGCGAGUCGACAUGGACGAUCACGAACCAUCAGGCAGUGCCUACGGCGGUGGCUACAACAACAACAGCUAUAACAGCCACUCUCGCUAUGGCGAUGCCAACCCCUAUAGCGCCGAUGACGAGGAUCCCGAUCGUUUCGGUGCUCUCCCCCCUCGAAACAACACCCUCUUCGACAACGACACUGAGUACCACUCUGGCGGUGCUCCUCCAUCAAUGCCAGCCAGCUACGCCAACCCAACAGGUGGUCAUCCUUAUGAGGAUGUACCCGCACAAUUCCCCGCCGGCAACUACGAUAGGGGGCACUAA